AUGGGACGUCAUGCUUUAAGCAUAUUUAGCUUUGCAUCUGUCCUGGCUGCCACCUGUAACUUCUCUGAAGAUAACAAGCUUGGUGAAAGGGGCUUUGGACCUGAUUAUAAGGAGAUUCAGGCAUGGGAGUUGUGGAAUGAAGGUGGAGGGCUUGAAUUAAUGGAUCCAAAUCUAGGAGAUUCAUGUAUUAAAGAUCAAUUCUUAAGAUGCAUGCUUGUUGCUCUCCUUUGCGUGGAAGAGAAUGCAGCCGAUAGACCAACUAUGUCAGAUGUCAUAUCUAUGCUGACAAGUGAAAGCAUGGAGUUAGCUAUGCCAACAAAGCCAGCAUUUUACACAGAAAGAAACGUGGCCACUGCUGCUAUAGCUAGAUAG